UUUCCAGGCUGUCUGACUGUGAAUGGCCCCAGCACCUUGAUGGGCGCCGUGGGGGAAUCCCUGAGCGUUCAGUAUUGGUAUGAAGAGAAAUACAAGACGUUUAACAAAUACUGGUGCAGACAACCAUGCUUGCCAAUUUAGCAUGAAAUGGUGGAGACCAGAGGGCCCGAGGGAGCGGUGAGGAGUGACCAAGUGGUCAUCACAGACCAUCCUGGGGACGUCACCUUUACCGUGACCUUGGAGAACCUCACGGCAGAUGAUGCAGGAGAAUACUGAUGUGGGAUUGCAACAAUACUGCAGGAAGAGAGUCUGUCUGGUUUCCUGCCCGAUCCCUUCUUCCAGGUUCAAGUGCUGGUCUCCUCGGGUGAAGCUAUAGCCUCCACAAAAGCAGGACCAAUCUGGGCACCCAGAGACGCAGACAGAGCUCAGCCCCAGCCUUGUGAGCUGAAUUGGAGGUCCAUUUGGGGAGUGGUUCUCAGUAUCCUGUGCAUCAUGGCGAGAAAGGACAAGUGCCCAAGGAUGGUGGACCCCACUGUCCACUUUCCUCCCUCCCCAUGGGCACUCAACGGAGACAUCACCAAGAGGGCAGCCUCCUGA